AUGUCUCAACAACAGCAGCCUAAAUAUCUCACCGGUGACUCUGCCGCUACUCAAGAAUUCCUCGACAAGUUUGACGUCUUCCUCAUCGAUUGUGAUGGCGUCCUCUGGUCCGGAGACCACCUAUUCGACGGCAUUCGCGAGACGCUCGCCUUCCUUCGCUCAAGAGGCAAGCGCACCGUCUUCGUAACAAACAACUCGACAAAGUCCCGCCAAGAAUACCACAAGAAGUUCGCCGCCCUCGACAUCCCCUCGGACGUGGAAGACAUCUUUGGCUCAGCCUACUCCUCCGCCGUCUACGUCUCCCGCAUCCUCGACCUCCCCGCCGGCAAGCGCAAAGUCUUCGUCAUUGGCGAAGCCGGAAUCGAAGCCGAGCUCCGCGCCGAAGGCGUCGACUUCAUCGGCGGCACCGACCCUGCUCUGCGCCGCGACAUCGGCCCCGAGGACUUUGCCGCCAUCGCCGACGGCUCCGCCCUCGACCCGGAAGUCGGCGUCGUGCUCGCGGGACUGGACUUCCACAUUAACUACCUCAAGUUGAGCUUGGGGUACCAGUACCUCCGCCGCGGCGCCGUCUUCCUCGCGACCAACACGGACAGCACGCUGCCCAUGUCGCACACGUUCUUCCCCGGCGCGGGCUCCAUCUCGAUCCCGCUCGUCAACAUGAGCCAGCAGCAGCCCGUGGCGCUGGGAAAGCCGUCGCAGGCUAUGAUGGACGCUGUCGAGGGCAAGUUCCAGUUGAACCGCGAGCGGACGUGCAUGAUUGGCGACCGCCUCGACACGGACAUCAAGUUCGGCAUCGAGGGCAAGCUGGGCGGCACGCUUGCCGUCUUGACUGGCGUGCACAAGAAGGAGGAUUGGGAGAAGGAGGGGGCCGCGGCCGUGCCGGCGUACUAUGUUGACAGCCUUGCCAGCCUGAAGCUUGAUGUUUGA